AUGAUCACAGAACAAUCUCGUCAAGCAUACAUUGCUGCAAAUAACUUACAAGAGAGAGAAAAAGCUGCCGAAGAAUCUAUUAUAGUAAGCUCUGACUCUGGCGAUAGUGAAGCCGAACUUUUGGCCACAGAAGGUGUACCUGACUGUCUAAUAGGCAAUGUAGUUACGGAAAUUUUGAGAAAAAGAAGGGCAGCAAUACAGAGAAAAGCAGUGAGAAGAAGUAAAGCCAAAAUUGCAGCUCAAAGGUUUCUGAGGAGGCGUAAGAGUAUCCCAAAUUAUUUCAGAGUGUGAAGGUAUUGGAGAGGUGGUUGAGGAGUAUGUUCGCAGUUGCAGAGUAGGAGCCGAUGCGUGGAGGCAAACUGGAGUGCUAACAUUUGACGGUAAUCGCAAAGUAAAGAAAAAGGCCACAUUUAAAGGAAUUAAGGAAUACUUAGAAAGAAAGUACAUGUGAAACUUCUCGUACGGCUCUGUUGUUCAGCUUUGCAUCGCUCAAAAUAAGCAACGUAAAUCAGCUUCGUAUUAUAAAGGUGUUGCUUGCAUUAUAUCAAAGGCGUGCUCGAAAAGGCUUCAACUUGCGGUACAACCCUGACAGCCACUGGAGCUCGGCGCUGUAUUCUGGCUUAAACAUGAUCCAGCUGCAGGAUGGAUACUUAAUGAAUCUUGGUAGGGAUGACCAAGCAGGGUUCAGACUAGACAGUGUCCACUCAGACUUCACAAGACCUUAUCAGCCAAGGGGAAUGCUCCACUUACCACUCAUACUGAUUAUGUCACCAAAUAUACACUCCAGACAUCCUCAUAUAAUUUUCUGGAAACUGAAAGUACCGGUGAAAUCUGUGCAGGGAUUGUUAAAGCGAUACCAGUCCAUGCCAAAAAUUUUUAUAAUAAGCGUUUUAUAAUAGGAAUACUGGUUUACCAAAGACAAUCGAGUGCAUAUGAGUUGGUGGUGGUGACGAAGGCCCUGCAGCCACAUAGAACAAGCUACCCAAGUCACCAUGGUCACCUCAAGAAACAGCGGAGCUAGUUAUCGCAACAAAGUGGAAUUGCAAAUGGUGCAUGCCAAUGUGUUUAUACCAUCUACUCUGAAUGGCAACUGUGUUGAUGGUUCUGGUGAAAUAUGAAUAUUCUUGAAAACAACUUGAACUCAGCAAUAGAUGUGUAUAUUGACAGAGUGGAUGGAGCACCAUGUGCAUCAACCAGCAUUCAUCUUUACAAAGGCCCUAAAAGUGAUACAUACCAAAAAGAAAACGAACAUUUUAAAGUGUUUAUAAAGGGAAACAAAGCAGCCAAGGAAAAACUCAAGAAAACACCCCCCGAAUUGUUCGCCAAAUUUGAGAGAGUAUGGGGGAUUCGUAAAAUGCAUUUGUAAACUACCUACCCCUUAAAAUAUAUAUUUCUUCUUCGGUGCUGUUAUAAAGAUGGAUGUGAUCAUCCUGUUUGCUUAAAAGGUCGCCCAAUUGAGGAAAGUACAUGGUAUCCAAAUGGUCCACCUGUGUCAUAUAUUCCAAUUCCUACACCUGACCCGAACCGUCCUUUCGGUGGAGAUGAAUGCAAAGAGAAAUGUUCUCGCCAUUACAUGA